AUGGCAUUCAAAUUUGUUCUUCUUUGCUCCUUGGCUGCCCUCGCCGCUGCCGCUCCCCAAUACUACGAGCAUCAUGACCACCAAGAAUACCAACCAGCUUACGUGAAGAAGGCUGUCGUUGCUCCCGUCUUGGUCAAAAAGUACGAACCAGUCGUCGAAAAGGAAGUCAAGUACGAAGAUGCCCCCGCCCACUAUGCCUUCGAAUAUGCCGUCCAUGACGAACAUACCGGCGACAUCAAGAGCCAACACGAAACCCGUGACGGCGACAAGGUCCAAGGAUACUACACACUCGUUCAACCCGACGGCAAGAGACGCAUUGUCCACUACACCGCCGACAAAGUCAACGGAUUCGUCGCCAAGGUCGAAGAAGAAGAAGUCAAGGGAUACAAAGCCCCCGAAGCACCAAAAUUCAAAAUUGCCGUCCCCGAAGUCAAAUAUGUCCACACUGCUCCUGAAGUUAAAUACAUCGCUGCUCCAGUCAAGAAGGUCGAAUACACUCCAGUCCAAAAAAUCGCCAUUGCUGCUCCAGUCCACAAGGAAGAAGCUUUGACUCAUGUCAAAUUCGAAGCUCCCGAAAUCAGCUAUCACUAUUAA